AUGCCUUCACGAAACCGCCAAACUACACCGCGCAAGAUCAGAUUUAAGAAGGCUGCUAAUGACAUCCAGCGCAAAAUCAAAGUUGUCACCGAACAACAUGUCAUCGACAAGCCCUCGCCUAUGGAGGCAUUCCCCAUGCGAGAAUGGAGCUUGAAGAUCUUCCUGCUGGACGAGGAUGGCAACGAGCGACCUGCCGAUGUCUUCAACAAGGUUGUCUACAACCUGCACCCCACCUUUGAGAAUCCCGUUCAGACGUUCACCAAGGCUCCCUUCACGUGUCAGAAUGAGGGUUGGGGCGAGUUCGAGAUUAGCAUCGAUUGCUACACCACGGAGAAGACCAAGUUGGCCCCCAUCAUCCAAGACCUCAACUUCCAAAAGAACAAGUACGAUGUGACGCACACCGUCGUGUUCAAGAACCCCUCCCAGAACCUGCAGGAGCGCCUGCGAGAGACGGGCCCUCUUCCCACGGAUGACGAUCAUCGACCCAAGAAGAAGGGACUCGCGACCAAGAAGAGUGCUCAGAAGUACGACUACGAGAAGAUCGCUGAAGCACUGGAGAAGCUUGAGGAGGAAGAUUUGCUGCGCGUUAUCCAGCUCAUCAACGAAAACAAGGGUCCAGACACCUACAUAAGAAGUGAUGUAGAGGCCGGAGAGUUUUCGAUUGAUCUCUACACGAUGCCGGACAUUCUGACAACGAAGCUGUGGGAUCACCUCUCCAAGAAGGGCCUCGUCAGCUAG